CAGCUUCAGAGCACAAAGCAGUCCCACGGGUGCUUCUCGUGCUGGACCGGCACGAUUGAACCUGCCCAAGCUACCAAGCCAUCCUAAUUCGUCAAGUGAAUAUAUUUGCUCGCGCCAGAUACACUACCUGCAUUCAUAAUUUAACUCUAGACCUUGUGCGCCUUGGGAGAGUUCUAAGCUGGUUGUUUCGUCGCGAGUAAAUCGCCAUGACUAUGGCUGUAAUUAGAACUGGCUUAUAAGUAAUGACAGAAUCAAAUUUAUAGACCGGGGCUGCGCUCGUGCAGCAUCCGGCAACACAGCUAUAAACGCGCUGGGGCGGUUGUUAACCUCAGCUGCAACGGCCUAUAACUAGCUUCACAUCAAUAUUGGAGCUGCCAGGGGGCUUGGGAGCAGCAGCGUAAAGGAAAUGUCUGCACGCGACCGCGACAAGCGCCUCGGCGGCAGCCGCAUGAUGCGAAAGGCCGAGGCGCUGGGCCUGGAGACGCGCAACGUGGCGAACUCCUACCUGCUGCCGGUACUGCGCAGCAGCAGCGCCACCGCCGGGCCCGGCUCGCCGCACACCGCCACGGCGGGCGGCGGCAGCUUCCACGAGGCGCAGCAGUGGAACGCCAACAUGAGCCCCAAGGCGCUCACGGCGCUGCGCACCACGCGCAUGCUGCAGUCGCUGGGCCAGAAGGUCAUCUUCUCAAACGACCCCUACGUCAACAGCGCAUUCGAGUCGCUGCUCACCACCAAGGUGUCGGGUGUGCCCUCCGACAUCGCGCCCGAGCUGGCGGAGCUCAUUGCGCGCCGCGCACCGCCGGGCGGCCGCCUGCGGCCCAAGGGCAGCAAGGCGGCGGCGCUGAAGCGAGCCAAGCGGCUGGUGGGAGCGGGGGCCGCGCCCGCCGUGAGCGAGGUGCCGUUUAGCGACGCGCUGCGCGUGUGCGACUUGGAGCGGGACAAGAGCGCGCUGCCCACGCUGCUGCGCGCCUACAUCUUCAACAAGCACCGUGUGAUUGUGCCCAAGCUGGAGGAGUACUGCGACGCGCUGGGGCGGCAGCGGCCCGCGCCCAUGCUGCAGGCGGCGGCGCUGCUCAUGCAGCACGGAUACUUCUUCGCGGCCAUCAAGGUGGUGUACAGCAACUUUGAGGCGCUGCAGGCCACGCUGAGCGAGAUGGAGGGGCUGGUGGCGCAGCACAUGGCCACCGGGGACUGGGACACGGCGGCGGCGCUGUGGAACUGGAAGGACCCGGACAGGGAGCUGUUCCUCAAGCAGUUUAAGGAGCUCAAGAUCAUCAGCUACUACCUGGACGUGCGCAAGCAGCUGCGGGCGCUGAAGGACCAGGGCGUGGUGGCGCUGUGCCGCGUGGAGCGAGAGAUGCUGCUCAAGGUGAUCCAGGACUUUAAGCUGCAGCUGCAAGAGGACUACGCCGCACACCAGGCGCAGCUGGCGCGGGAGGCGGAGGAGCGCGCGCGGGCGCAGGCGCGAAUGGAGGCGCAGGCGCGCGCGGCGGCGGAGGCCGCGGCGCGGCGGGCGGAGGAGGCGGCGCGCGUGGAGGGGCGCGCGCGCGCGGCGGCGGAGACCAAGGCCAAGCGGGAGGCGGAGAUGCGGGAAAAGGCUCGCGAGAUGGACCGUAAGCGUGAGGAGGUGCGCAGGCGGGCCGAGGACAACAAGCGCAACGGCGGACGCAAGGCGGGCCCGCCGGGUGCCGGCAGCCGCGGCGCGCGUGGCCCAGCAGGGGCCGAGCACUCCGCUAUGGCGGACGCCGCAGCCGCGUUGUUUGAGGACGGCACGCCCAUGGAUGAGGACGGCCCGCUGGUGGACCCUGACGCGGAUGGCGAGGGGCUGGAGGGGGAGGCCUCGGCGGCGGGCAUGGGCGCGGGCGAGGGCGAGGCGGGAGCGGAGGCGGAGGCGGGGGCGGAGGCGGAGGCGGAGGCCGCGGCUGCUGCGCCGGAGAGCAGUGAGGCGAUCAUCGCUGCGGAGGCGGGCGACACGGUUGCGGAGCUGGGGGCGGGCGGGCGCGGCGCACCGGGCGGCUCUCGGCAGGGCUCCCGGCCGGGCAGCGCGGCGGUGGCGGCGGCGGGCGGCGAUGCCGGGGAAGGGGAAGGGGAGGCGGCGGCGGAGGGCGCGGACCCGAACCGGCCGCCGGUGCGUGUGCACCUGCGGCCGGGCAGCCGGGGUCUCAAGGUGGCUUUGAGCAUGGACGGCGAGGGCGCGGGGCCGGAGGCGGAGGAGCUGCGGCGCGGCAUCGAGGACAUGAAGCGGGCCAUGAGCGAGGAGCGCCAGCGCAGUGAGGAGGCGGCGGCGCAGCUGAAGGCUCUGACGGUGGCGGGCGGCAGCCGCCCCGGCACCGCGUCGUCGGCGGCGCCGCUGCCCGCCAUCCGCCUCAACAUCAACCUCACAGCCGGCACCACAGACGAGCGGCUUAAGGAGAUGGAGGCUGCGCUAGAGGCGGAGCGUGCGGAGUUUCAGCGGCGUCUGGAGGAGGAGCGGGCGACCCUGGCGGCGGUGCUGGCGGAGGAGAAGUCCAAACUGGAGGACCAUCUCAACGCCCAGAAGAAGUUAUUCGACGAGGAGCGGCAGCGGCUGCUCCGAGACAUGUACGAGCAGCAGGGCGCCGACAUCGACCAGCAGCUGGCGGCCAGCGUCAUGUCCAUCGAGGCGCUCAAGGCGCAGCGCGACCGGCUCAAGAGCGCGGGAGGCAACGGCGGCAGCCGCAACACGUCCGGGCGCAACGCGGCGCAGGCGGAGGAGGCGGCGCGGCUGGAAGCGGCGGUCAAGAUGCUGGAGAAGAAGCUGGACGACGAGCUGUCGCACGUGCGGCAGCUGGAGGACGAGAAGGGGCGGGUGGAGGCGGAGCGCACCGCACUGGAGGCGGCGCAGCGCAUGUUGGAGGCGCAGAAGAGCCAGGCGGAGCUGGAGAAGGCCAAGGCUGAGCAGGAGAAGGGCGCGCUGCAGGAGCAGAUCGCCAAGACCAUGCGCAUGUUCCAGGAGCAGCUGGCGCAGACCGUCAAGAUGGCGGCCAUGCUGCAGGCGCAGCGCAUCCUGGGGGCCGCCACCGGCGGCGCCGCGCCGCAGCUGCAGAUGGGACCCAUGGGUCCCGUGGCCACGCCCAUGGGCGGCAUGGGCGGACCCAUGGGCCUCAUGCAGCAGCCGUCGGCCGGCAGCAUGAGCAUGGGCGGCAUGGGCAUGGGACUGCCGGGGAGCGCCAGCAUGGGCCCCGCGGCGGCGGCGGCGGCCAUGGGCGGCGGGCUGCCGGGCAGCGCCAGCAUGGGCGGCCUGCCGGGGAUGGGGAGCAUGGGCAGCAUGGGCGGCGCGGCGGCGGCGGGGGCGAUGCUGCCGCAGCCGGCGGGGCCGACCGAGGUGGACGACCCGCCCACGCAGGAGGAGAUCGUGGCGUACGGCAAGUACCUGGGCAUGGACGUGGUUGAGGACGCCGACUUGAUCCACAUCGCCGAGUGGGCGCUCACGGCGCCGCUGCCCGAGGGCUGGACCGUGCACCUGGACGGCGAGGGCAACGAGUUCUUCUACAACGCCGCCACCAACGCCUCCACAUACGAGCACCCCAUGGACGAGCACUACCGCGCCUACUACCGCAAGAUGAAGGAGCAGAAGCAGCUGGCCAAGAUGGCGGAGGCGCAGCAGGCGGCGGCGGGCGGCAAGUAGUUUGCGGCGCGGGGGUUGAUGGCGACAUGUGUGGCGUGCGUUGGGUGAUUGGUGCGUGGCGUGUGGUGAUGGGGUGGUUGGUGGAGGGAUUGUCCUGCGAAUUGAAGGGACCGUGAGGCAGAGAUGGUGACGUGCGAUCGGUGUAGUUGCAGGUGGUAGGGUGCUCGCUGUACGCUUCCUAAGCAUAGUUUGUUUUGGGUCCUGAUGGCCGUGCUCGUGUAGCCGUUGGUGCGAGAGGGUGAAGGAAGGAAGGAGGAGUCAACUGGGUGCCGUGGAUUCUGGGCAAGCUGGGCCGGAAGGCUUGCCGGCGGUUAUAUGAUUGCUUGUGCUUUAGCUUCUGUGGUUGGCUGCAUGCAUCGUUGCGCGCGUAUCAGCAGGAAAUCUGAAUGGACGCAACGAGGCUGCGUGGCUGCUGUGCGCGGUCUCAGGCAUCCGCGGGGCGGGGUCUUCAUCCAACAACAAGCGGCAGUGAAGGGGCGGGCAAGGAGGAAUGUGCGCAAUGUGUCGCAAGCCCACGACCGCGUAUUCAUUAGCGCUGUGACGCGCCCUGCUGCAAAUUAUGGUAAACGAGUUGUGGGGUCACUACACGAGUACACGUGCCGGUGCACGAGGUCUGCACCCAUUGCGGUGCAUGUAACAUUGAGCUUUG